GUCCCCCAGGAGCCCCGGGUGUGGUGAUUGUGGAGGAGAUCUCCAGUCACACAGCAACACUGUCCUGGAGCCCCGGCCUCAACAACCACAGCCCCAUCACACACUACAGCCUCCAGGUCCGCAGCCCCUUCUCACUGGGCUGGCAGUCUGUAAGAACAGUACCUGAUCCAAUCACUGGAGACUUGGAGUCAGCGAGAGCCAUCGACUUAAAUCCUUGGAUCGAGUAUGAGUUUCGCGUGGUUGCGACUAAUCAGAUUGGAACUGGAGACCCGAGUCGCCCGUCUCACAAGGUCAGGACACAGGAAGCCAUCCCCUCGAUUCCCCCGGCCAGUGUGAGUGGAGGUGGUGGUAAGCGGAACGAGCUGGUCAUCGUGUGGGAGCCAGUACCUGAGGAGUUCCACCAUGGAGAGGGGUUUGCUUACCUGGUGGCCUUUCGAGCGAAUGGUACCCGGGCCUGGAGGGAGGCGAUGGUGCCUGUGACUGGGAGGUGCCGAUACGUAUACAGGGACCCGAGUCUGCAGCCACUUACACCCUUCCAGGUGAAAGUCGGGGUCUAUAACAACAAGGGGGACGGUCCCUUCUCCCCAGUGGCUGUCGUGUACUCCGCAGAGGGAGAACCACAAAAGGCACCUUCAAACAUCACAGCAUGCAGUCAAUCAGCUUCAGAGAUCGUGGUUUCCUGGUACAGCCUGUCUGACACAUUUCCCAAACCACAGGGAUAUCAGGUUAGUGUCUGGAAGAAUUUGGAGAUGGAGGAUUCGAAGCAGACAGUGAGCACCAGCAGGAAUGUCUCGUCUCUCCUGGUGUCAGGACUGGAGGCGAAUACCGCUUACCUGGUGACUGUCCGAGCUUACAACAGCGCAGGUCUCGGUCCAUCCAGCACUCCCAGGACCGUCACCACCAGGAAACCACCCCCCAGCCAAGCACCAUUCAAUAUUCUCUGGCAUCAGCAUGGCUCCACUGUGACACUGGGCUGGGAGCCGGUCACAAACAAGGACAACGAGUCGGAGGUGAUGGGAUACAAGGUGCUCUACCGACAAGAAGGGCAGAGCCAGAGCCAGAUGAUUGAGACCAGGGAGCCCUCAGCUGUCAUCCCACUCAGACAGGAUGGCGUUUAUAUCAUCGAGGUCCGAGCUGUCAGCGAAGGUGGAGAGGGGGCCGUCAGCUCGCAGAUCCGAGUCCCCAGACCGUCAGGUAGGAGGUCAACUCCUGCCAUCCCUGCCCCAUGUGCCCUAGCCUCUUCGACCUCCGUGACCCUGAUUCUGGCCCUGGUGCUACCCACAGCCUCCUUGUAG